GCCCCGUACCCUUGCUGCAGCCUCCCUCAGUGUCCCCAGGGCCCCUUGCACCUGUUUCCCCCCUGUACAUAUGUUCUGCAGUGUAUUCUAUUAUAAAAUGUCUUGUUGCUUUGAGUUGUACCAUGUGAUAUGUCAUGUGAUUGUUGCCCAGGAGGUACCAGUGACCAGGUGAUCCCAAGAACGACCUAUGGGCUCCCUGCUAGUCUCCCCCAUAUAAGCCCUGGGUGGAGCUUCUCUCUCUUCUGCUGAGGUCCAGUGCAGUCUUGUCUAGUGUGUGUGUCCAGAAUGUUGGAGACCUCAAAGUCCAGUCCUGCAGCCGCCAUCAAGUCAAGUAAAGUCCCAGCUUUAUGAGUCAAGUCAGUCCCUGUCAUCUGUCAAGUCACGUGGUCUGCAUUCAAUUCUCCAGUCCUACUACAAGUCCCAGCAAGCCCUUAAGGUCUCUGCAUCACUGGUCACCUCCUUGGGCCCUGGCUGAACUGUAUAGACUUUACCAUCUGUCUACCCUCAGUAAAGCUACCGUUGUCCAUAACUUGGCGUCAGAGUCUUUAUUGCCCCUGUGCCUAGCGCAGGAUCUGGUGGUAUCGAGGAUAAACCACUCCCUGGCGUCACGAAUAUAAGGGGUUAACAACAUCUGCCCUAUUCAUACCCCACUACCACAUUAUUUUAUUGAGGCUUCUGCAGGAUUUGCAGGACCCACUGGUAUAGCGCCUGACCACCCGCAGCAGCCUCCUGACCGCCCGUACCCGCCCGCAGCAGCCUCCUGACCGCCCGCAUGUAUUGGGUUUGGUCCCGCGGGAUCCCAAUCCCAAUGCAGGGCUCUACAUCAUGUUCUAUUUUGCUACAAUGUUUUAUCUCACUUUGUGUUGUAUUUUGUUACAAUGUUUUAUGUUGUAUUGCAUGGUGUUUUGUAUCAUUGUGUCCUAUUAUUUUGUUUAUUGUUCUGAUGUUUUAUGUUCUAUUGUAUUGUGUUUUUCUCUCUUAUCAUCAUCUUAAUCCUCCACACUUUAAUUUUUGUGUCUUUUUGUGUCUACACUAUUUGGGAUCGGGAGGCCACACCCCUGAGGCCAUCCAUCCAUCGCCUGCAGAGCAUUGUGACCUCGAUGAUGACACGGUGACCCCGGCUGAUCUAUGGCCCUUACCUUCACCUCAGGAGCCAACCUUUUCUUACAUAACCAUUGGAAGCUCAGUUCCAUUACCUCGUCCCACAGUUAGGGCCCGGAAGGGACGAGGUUUGGGCCGAGGACUAUUACCAAGGAAAGAGGAACCGGAAGAGGAGACUGUGACCUUUGUUCUUCUAGAGAAGGCGUGUCAGAUAACACAAGACCUGCCCCUGAGGAACUACGAGGAACAGACACUGGUGGAGAAACCCCAGCCGAGAGUGUCAGGGAUCACAAUGGACGUCGGCCGCAGAGACUCCCACCACCUGUUACCCCAGAGCCGAAGCAGCUACCAGGAGGAAACCAUGAGGAAAGCGGUGGCCGACCUCCUGUACUGGAGGGACAUCACCCUCUCCACCGGAUGUCUCACUGGCAUCACCCUGUGCCUGCUAUGUCUCAUCCAGUUCAGUGUGAUCAGCGUCCUAUCAUACGCCUGUCUCCUCAUCCUCUGCGCGGCCUUCACCAUGCGGCUCUACUACAAACUCCUGAAGAAAGGAGACGGAGGCAAUCCCUUCCAGAAGUACCUGGACAUGGAGCCGAUUCUCCCCCCUCAGCAGGUGGAGGUGGUCGCCUCUCGUCUUGUUGUUCUCUUCUUUGCUGCACUCUCCACCCUCCGCAGACUCUUCUUAGUGCAGGACACAAAGGAGUCACUAAAGUUCUUACUCCUCCUCUACCUCCUCACGUAUGUUGGCGCUGUGGUGAAUGGACUGACCCUCCUGCUUCUCGGGGUGAUCGGAGUAUUUACAUUUCCUGUCUUGUACAAACACAACCAGGCGCUGGUCGAUCGAUACGUCUCCAUGGUCACAGGACGGUUCGCAUCAUUUAGGGCAAAGUUUCGUGCUCAGCUGAGAAAACAAGGAUCCAAAAAGGACUGAGGGCAUGUGGACCCCCCCCGCACCGCACCUCCCCCUCCGGGCUUGACACCAUGUGACACAAGGGUCUUACCCAUCCAAAGCAACUUCCAGCGAAAUCCACAAAAAUUACUCCCAUCAUUGUUACACAAAGAACAAGUCACAGGAUGAGGAUUUUAUAAUUCUGUGCACAAUAAAUUGUCUGUUUUUUUUAUUUUAAUU